AAGUCUCAUCCCACACUACCAAGUGAGGCUCCAAGAGAUUAGAAGCUCAGUAGAGUGAUAGGGAGAAAGAGGGUGAAGGAGAUGGGGAAAGGUGGUGAAGGAAGUGGAGAUGGUAAGGAGGAGAAUAUGGCAGCCUGGUUGGUGUCCAUCAACACCCUUAAGAUCCAACCUUACCAACUUCCACCUCUUGGUCCUCACGAUGUUCGGGUGCGGAUGAAGGCUGUGGGUAUCUGCGGAAGUGAUGUUCAUUACCUCAAGACAAUGAGAUUAGCCCAUUUUGUUGUCAAAGAACCUAUGAUAAUUGGGCACGAGUGUGCUGGGGUUAUAGAGGAGGUGGGCAGUGAGGUGAAGUCCCUGACUGUAGGUGACCGUGUGGCAUUAGAACCAGGGAUCAGCUGCUUACGCUGCAAGUACUGCAAGGGUGGCCGUUACAACCUCUGUGAGGAGAUGAAGUUCUUUGCCACUCCUCCUGUUCAUGGUUCCUUGGCUAAUCAGGUGGUGCAUCCUGCUGAGCUCUGUUUCAAGCUUCCGGACAAUGUAAGCUUGGAGGAAGGGGCAAUGUGUGAGCCCCUCAGUGUUGGGGUCCAUGCAUGUCGUCGUGCUGGUGUUGGUCCAGAGACAAAUGUGCUUAUCAUGGGAGCUGGACCGAUAGGCUUAGUCACAAUGUUUGCAGCUCGUGCUUUUGGUGCUCCAAAAAUAGUUAUAACAGAUGUUAAUGAUCAUCGUUUAUCAGUUGCAAAGUCUCUUGGAGCAGAUGAUAUUGUUAAAGUUUCUACAAACAUGGAGGAUGUUGAUGAGGACGUUAUUCAAAUACAAAAGGCUAUGGGUGCUGAUAUUGAUGUCACCAUAGAUUGUGCUGGUUUUAGCAAAACAAUGUCGACUGCUCUCAAUUUCCUGAGGACUGGAAAGAUUGAUGUAAAGCCUUUGAUAACUCACAGGUUUGGAUUUUCUCAGAAGGAGGUGGAGGAAGCUUUUGAGGUCAGUGCUCGUGGUUGUGAUGCAAUCAAGGUGAUGUUUAAUCUGUAGCUGUCAAGACAUGAGCCAUGAUUGUAGUGUCUGGAUCUGUAUCUAAUGUUGUUUGAAUAGAAUAACGGUUUGAUGCCAUACUAUGAGAUAAAAGUGAAUCCAGUGAGUGUAUGAGUUUAAUCUGUAGCCGUCAAGACAUGAGCAAUCAGUGUAGAGUCUGGAUCUGUCUCUUGUUGUAUGGGAAUAAUGGUUUAAUGUAUCCUAUGGGAUAAAGUUAGUACAGCCUCUGUAUAAUUAAGAGUUCCAUUGUGGUGUUAUAAUGAGAUUUCUUGUGUUUAACAU